AUGAUUCUGAAUCUGCUAAUGAGAAUAGAUGGAAAACUCACUGGCCAAUUUUCAAAGAUUCAAAAAAUUAAAGAUAAGUUGAAAGAGCUGGAAAGUGUGAUAAAGGAAAAAGGAAAAUCUACUACUAAUCCUACAACUGAAGACACUUCUGCAAUAGUAACUCUAACACCAGUAGAACAAGCUGCUGAAAGUCCUGCCUUCCAACUUGAAGGCACUGAAAUACUUGGAUCCUUUGAUGACAUCUCUCCACCACAUGAUGAACCACAACCAGAACAACCAUCUCCACCUAACUUUGAGGAAGUUUCAAUCAUGGAUAUUUUCCAUCGAAUGGUCAAAGAAGAACAAGCAGAAAAAGAAGUAGCAAAGGCUAAAGCUCAAAAGCCAACAUCUGUCAAAGCAUUCCCUGAGUCAAUGCAGACUAUAAGGCAAACUGAUCAAUCUGGUAAAGAUAAAGGAAAAGCUACAGCACCAACACAAAAGAAACCUAAACCUCCUGGUAAAGGAAGGAAGACCAUGGCAACAAAAACAAAAUUCCUCAAGAGAAGAAAGUUUUCCAAGAUAGCUGAAAAAGCUAAACCUUCAACCAUCUCUUCUACUCAAGAUCCACUCCAAAUUUUGGACCAAUAUUCCACUGAAGCCUCACCCAAAAGUCCAUCACCUCAACCCUCUCUUGAACCCCUUAAUGUCUAUUUUGGCACUAAUAAGUCUACCUCUUUUGCUUCUUCAGAAAUCGAUUGA